ACGUCCCGAUCACUGGCGUAAACAAGAUGUUUUCUCUCAUCAGAAAGAUCAGCAGUUCGCAGCAUGCCAGAGACAACAUGGCAGAGCAGUCAAAGAGUGAUGACGAUGACGACAAGCACGAGUCCGAGCAACAAGAACAGCAGCAAGAAGAAGUCGACGGCACUAGUUACGAUCCCAACGCAGACCCGAGAGAUCCUGGAAGAUACUACACUUUUCCACAUUUUGCUGAGGAGGAGAGUCAGAGACAAGUCAGCCAGGCCCAGGCACCCCUGAGCGAGACCCGGGCUCCUCAUCGCGAUCCGGGUACCUCUGCAGACGACAACGACCAAGCCUCCGUCAAAUCAUCCACCACCCAAAGCACCCCAAUCCCAAAAUCCACAAGUCCGUCAAGUGCAGAACCAGCUUCUCCACCUUUCUGGCNNCCAUAUCUCCUCUUCCCUAAACGAGUGCGCCCUGAACCCUCUCCCAGCCAGUCAUCCCCAGUACUUCAAAGACGCGCUACGACUUCUCAACCCUCAUCGCCACAAAUUUCUCGUCUGCAAACUCCUCGUAGAGCUUCUGCUCAGGUUCCGACUCAGCCUAAGUCGACAUCGAGCAGGUAUCACUCUUCUCCUGCUGCGCGCUCGUUGAGGAGUAUCUCGGCUGCUCAGUCGCCCAGACCCGAGAUGAAGAAAUUGGGAUCGCAGGGUUUGGGAGAGACAAAGGAGGUAAAGGAUGGUCAGUCGCCUGCGAGAAAGCAACAGCAGCAGAAACGUCUUUCUUCGCAUUCUGNNCAGGGGUCGCCUAAGAGUGAUCGUGGGAAGAUGGGA